CGCUCGCAAAGGAGAAGGAGCAAGAUCGAAUGAAAAUUUCUGCAAUGGAACAUCAAUUGCAUCAAUCUGAAUCCAUGUACAAGAUGCAGAUGGAAAGGACAAAUGAACGCUUGAAGCACUACGAGCGAGCUCUUUUCGACACACGUCAGGUCCUUGCGAUGAAAGACACAAAAAUUGCGCAGCUGGAGACAAAUCUUUCUAGGAUGGUGAAUUCAGAUCAAGCCGCCAAGAGCGCUCAGGAGAUUCAGCGUGAGAACGGAGGGAUGCGAGUGCAGCACGUCGACACCAACGUUGUCAGUUAUGGCAGAUCGCCACAGAUGGCUGUUCAACCUCUCCAGCGGUACAGCCCGAAGAGUGAAGGCGAGCAGAGGUCAGUCAUGUAUCAGGAGGCGAAUGUCUCCAAGGUCCCUCUGCAAGUCGGAUCUGACGAGAGCCCCAUCGGCGUUGCUUCCGUGUCGACAUCCAACGCUGGGUAUGUGCAACGAAUGCCCAUGCAGAGAAGCAACGAGUAUUACCCGCCGGCGACCAAUCACAUGCAACAGAUGCAACAGAUGCAUCCAGGGCGAUAUGACGAGAAUCAGUUUUUCUAAAGCUUUUUUCCUCUUGACAGAGCUGAUCAUAUCUUAAAAGAACUGUACACAAUAGUAUGGGCACGCAAGAAACAGUUUUUCACGACUGAUUCGGCAUGAUGUUGUAGUUGGUUGCCAUGAGCACGUGUGCUGAUUUUGAUUAAAACGAUGAAUUGGUG